AUGAGUGUCCCCAUCAACUGCCCCGGUGAUUCUACCGCAUCAAACGAGAUGUCUGAUCCGGUGACACUGUCCCUUUUCCCCAAAGACCAUUCCCAGCCACGUCACUUCACGUUUUCUUCCUCCAACAACAAUAUUCUCUCGAUCGGACGUGCCUCGAAGCGUGGCCCGCACGAACGCAUUCCAGCUCACGAUAAUGGCUGGUUUGAAUCACGCGUGAUGUCCCGAGAUCACGCAGAGCUCAGCUUCAAUCCUGUCAACCAGACGGUUCAGAUCAAGGAUCUUGGCUCUACUCAUGGAACUUGGCUCAACAAUGUGAAGCUGACUAGUCAUCAGCGGGCUGUUAUCCUGAACGAGGAUAUCAUUCGCUUUGGAAUUGAUGUUGAGCGCAAUGAUGUCACCUUUCCUGCUCUGACUAUGCGAUCCAAGAUCAGCUAUCGUUCCCAGUAUGCACGUCCCGCACUCACCUCGAUGCCGUUUACUUAUACGAUGUUCAGAGACUCCUUCAAUGGAGACAAGGAUGCGCGACACCCCAAGGUCCCCUCCCUUUCGAAACCGGAACUGGAAGCUCCCCUCCAUGUGACCGAGACGCUAUCAGCAAAUGCCCCUGUUGAAGACACAGAUAGUGAGAAUGGAGAGUAUGAUCUUCUUAUGGCUCGCGGUGAAUGUCCCACCUUCCCGGAGGAAUGGCCUUACGAACGCCCGAACACUACGCUCCCAAAUCCCAGCGAGGUGACCGGCGAUAAAAUCACGAUGCAAGAUAUUUUGAACCCUAUCGAUCUCACCGGCUCCUCGAGUGAUAUGGAGGGUAAUGAACAAGCCAAAGUCAUGGAUCUUACUUCGGAUGCUUCGCAUGCAUCCUCUUGCUCAGGCUCGGGAGAGGAUUCCGAGAUCGAUGCUGAACUUGAGGAUGAGUCAGAGGUGCAGGAGUUCCCGCGAGACAAGUACCAAAGCAUUUAUCACCUUGAAUACGAUAGCGAAGAUGACGACAAUGACGAGGAUUACUCGGAGUCUGAAGAUUCGAACGCCCAUUCCGAUGAGUGCAGCCCCUCGUCGGGCAAUAUUGCCGAUUGCACCUCCGAUUCCGUCGUCCCCAAGGCCUUCCCGGGGACGGAUGCACGUAGGGCCUUACUGAACGCUCUCAAUGAGGCUAUGGAUUCGGCAAGUGCGAAUCGCAUUUCCUCCAACGCCGCGUCACGCAAGUCUCCCAUUACGCCUGUCAUGGACUAUCCCGGUGUAGUUGACCCCAAGGAUGGCUCUCAGCUGGCAUCUCCCCUGAACAAGACGGCAACAGCGACGGAAUUGCCAGUCUGUGCUGAGAACGAUGCAUGUCCCGUUUCUCCGGUUGUGGAAAUUUCUCAGCCUUCGCCCCAGCCGGAGCCAACUUCUCUGAAGCGAAAAGUGACGGAUAUGGAGGCAGUUGGGCCAACCAUUGACACAGUGGCUACUCAACUGGAAGACAACGUUCAACGACCGGUCAAGCGUGUCAAGUCCGCCGCAUCCUCCACAGCAUUGGCUACAUAUUCUGCAACAGCUGUUGUUAGUGCCUUGCUAGGUGGUCUUGGAACGCUUGUUCUGCUCUCCGCUCUACCGACAGAGUAUUUCGCGGUGUGA